CUCUCCUCUACUUGUCUUGUAAGCAAAUGGGUGCUUCUCUCUUCUCCCUUCUCUUCUUCUGCAUAACUCUCUCUCGUGUAGAGGCAUUUGAGGCCAAUCGUCCACCUGCAAAAUGCAGUGAUGGUGCUGUUGAUAUCAGGUUCCCUUUCAGAGUGAAAUCCCAGCAGCCUCAACACUGCGGCCGCCAUGGCUUUGAGCUUGAUUGCAGGAAGAACACCACCAUGAUUCAUUUCCCAUCUUAUGGAGACCUGGUUGUGACAUCCAUUUCCUAUGACACAAAGCGGGUCAGUCUUCUUGACCCUAGAAAUUGUGUCCAUGAAGUCUUCCUCAACCUCAAUCUCUCCCUCACUCCAUUCAACAACUACUUUGUUCUCAAGAACUACACUUACCUCAAUUGCUCAUCCACGCUUUCUUCCCACUCCUCCGAAAUCCCAUGUUUAAGUGGGGAGGGAAAUCAUGUUUACACUGUUGAACCUUCAUCCCCUUUCCCAGAUUCUUGCACACCAAUAAAAACUGUUUCAAUCCCAUUUCCAUAUAGUCCUUACCUUUCUGAUAAUACCUUUGGGCUUCAGCUGACAUGGGACUUCCCAGAAUGUAACGACUGUGAAGGAGGAGGAGGGCAGUGCAUCUUCCAGGGUGAAAAACCAUGGUGUUUCUACAAAUCACAGAAAAAAUCUCAUGCAAUUACAGAAGGGAUACACAAGCUUCUCUACAAUCUUCUUCAUAUGUUCUUAUCCCUGAUGCAACAAAAUUAAAAAUUGAGGAAACCACAAUUUUUAGUGAAGGCAUGCUUGUAUAUAUCCAUGUAUUAUUAGUAUACAAGUCCUGGUUCCAGAAAUAAUGAAAGCAAAAUUUAUUUUUCUCCCUCAUACUUGCAGAGAUGUAUGGUUUAUUACAAAUUUGCCAAUUAAUUCAACAUCAUCAU